CUGGAAAUGAAAGUGGGAGGUGAAGCGAUUAGCGAACCAACCAAACAUUUUCAACCGGACUCUUCAGUCCGAGAGGCGCAUGGAUCGAUCUUUACGACGCCUUAUUGCUGCCGCAGUCCUGGAGGCUGCUCACUCCGACACGGGACUCCGGAACGGGUGCAUCCCGUACUCUGAAUACCGCACGUAACCCCGCGACACCCUGAGGCGCAGCCGCCUGGUUUAUUGGGGCUCGGCAGAAGAGUGCGGCGCGCGGAGUUGUAGGUUCGCGUCAGACGCGGUCCCGGUGAAGACGCUGCUGGGGAUGGAGCGCUGGAAGGGGAGAGUGGCCCUGGUAACAGGAGCCUCGGUGGGGAUCGGAGCGGCUGUAACCCGGGCUCUGGUCCAACAGGGCAUGAGGGUGGUCGGCUGCGCCAGGAAUGUCGACAAAAUAGAGAAACUGGCCGCCGAAUGUCAGAGUGCGGGCUACAGUGGCACGCUGAUCCCUUACAAAUGUGACCUGUCCAACGAAGAGGAGAUCCUGUCCAUGUUCUCCGCCAUCAAAACGCUUCACAAGGGGGUGGACGUUUGCAUCAACAAUGCCGGGCUGGCUCACAAUGAACCCCUGCUGUCGGGAAGGACAGAGGGCUGGAGGAACAUGAUUGAUGUGAACGUCUUAGCCUUGUCCAUCUGCACCCGCGAGGCCUACCAAUCAAUGAAAGAGAGGAACGUGGACGACGGCCACAUCAUCAAUAUCAACAGCAUGGGCGGGCACCGACUCGUGCCGAGCGCCGACGAGCAUUUCUACUGUGCCACCAAAUUUGCCGUGACUGCUCUGACUGAGGGGAUACGGCAAGAGCUCCGGGAGGAAAAGACUCACAUAAGAGCCACGUGUAUAUCUCCUGGUAUAGUCGAGACUGAGUUUGCCUUCCGACAUCACAACAACGAUGCAGAGAAAGCAGCUGCAGUCUACGAGAGUAUAAAGUGUUUGAAGGCAGAGGAUGUAGCCAGCGCAGUCACGUUUGUCCUUAGUGCCCCGCCUCACGUUCAGAUCGGAGAUGUGCAGAUGAGACCAGUGGAACAGGUAUCAUAGCAGUGACACUGGAAGGCAGCCACCAUGACUCCUUAGCGGCCUCUGCUGGCCAUGUGGGUUAGGAGGGAGGGAGGGGGAUGUGUGUGGGAGGGGGUCUACAGGAGCUUAACCAAGAAGAGCUGGAGCCUUAAAGAGGCUGUGCAAGGAAUAGCAUGCAUGGACUCUGUAAACCACUACAACAAAUAAAAUACUACUGAACAGCAACGUUGGCAGCUGCUGGUCUCGGUCUUGAACUGAACCGACUUUGAAGCGAAGUAGGAACAAAUUGGGACGGAGUUGCUGCUGCGCCGUGUGGUCGUCUGCACGGCUGCCACCUCAGAGGGAAUAUGUUGUUGAUUGCACAUUUUUGUUUUGUUCGUUUCUUUUGUUUUUGUAGGUCACGUGACAUAUCUUUUUGGAAUUUAAUUGAAAUAAUAAGAAUAAUAAUUGCUGUUUCUAGGAGAACCUUCUUUUUUUUUUUAAUAAGUAUGCUGACUUCUAAUUCCAGAUAUAGCUGUGGUCUUACACAAACUAAUCCUAGACAAAGCUGUGUCACACCUACUGUGAGUAACCAGGAACAGUCUGUACAUCCCACUCCAUUAUUAACUCAUCUCACAAACGCAUUCAGUUGUCCGUGAUUGGAUCUGAUGACUUCUUACAGAUGUUCAGGGUACAUUUAGGGAGACGUCUUUUUUUUAUGUCACAGGUUGUUUUUUAUUACAGUCCACCUAAUUGCCUGUGUAGCAUCUGUUCUGCACUGUGGAGUUCAGAAACGGAAGCUAGCCGUAUACACGUAUCCUUCUAUUGGAAAUUUCUCAUGUACUGAAUAAACAAAAUAAAUACUAUUCCCCUCA